AUGAACUGCCCUUCCAAAACCGAUGAGGACGUCCUUUGGCAUCCAGAAUGGAACCAGAGUCCGCCACGCUUCGCUGCUGAUCUGACGACUUGUGAAGACCUAAACGGCAUCGCGAAUGCAAGGGAAUUAGGAGAAGCAGACCGGUUGCGCAGCGGCACACAGAGUCUCCGGCGCUGUGGAAUCGAUGAUUCUAAUGUUCAAGAGAUGGAGAAGAGACCGCCGAACACUACGGGCGAGGGUGUCAAAGGGUCCCUAAACGGUAUGUUGCAGUUUUCCGAUAACUCGGAAAUGAAGGUUGCGAUGCUGACUCGUCUAAAGGACCUUGCACCCGAACAACCAGACAUGCGAAGUACCUGCGAAGAUGGCAAAGCGCAGCCCAACUACGAUCUGGGUCUGCAUGUCGCUGGUCUCUUCAUUAUUCUCUUCGUAUCCGGCACUGGAUGUGCCUUCCCAAUGCUCGUACUCAAAUUCCCGCGGCUGCGCAUUCCACCUGCCUUCCUUUUCGGCGCAAAGCAUUUCGGUACUGGUGUCCUAGUCGCGACCGCAUUUGUCCAUUUACUUCCCACCGCUUUUGGUUCACUAAAUGACCCAUGUCUGUCAAGUUUCUGGACAACUGACUACCAGGCUAUGCCGGGCGCUAUCAUGCUAGCUAGUGUGUUUUUCGUCACAUUGAUUGAAAUGAUCUUUUCUCCGGCCCAGCAUGUCUGCGGUGGUAACGAGGGCGCGGAGGCUGUGUCUCGCCGAAAGGAAGAGCCAAAGCACGAGACUACUGAAUCACCGGCUCCACCACAACCAGCAAUGCAGAGGACGUACUCCGAAUCUAGCAUGCGAGUCCGAGAUCUAGGUGUCUUGCGUGGAAGAGUUGGGAGCAUCAGUAGGACACUCUCCCGCUACCGCGAAGACGGCCAAAGACUUGACGCGAUUGAAUCUGUUGGUGGGUCUGCAGCGGAGAUUCCAGGCGCUCAUAGCAAGGAAGACAAUGAUGAGUAUGCUAUCGAACAGGAUCAAGAAACUGGAGACCACAACCAUGUGCUCACACCCGAGCAAAUCCACAAGAAAGCCAUUAUGCAAGUUUUUCUCUUGGAAAUGGGUAUCCUGUUCCACAGCAUCUUCAUCGGAAUGUCGCUUGCCGUUUCCGUUGGUAACGACUUCACCGUGUUGCUCAUUGCCAUUGUCUUCCAUCAAACUUUCGAAGGCCUCGCCCUCGGUGUACGUAUCGCGGACAUCAACUGGAAGCCCUGCGCUGCACAGCCCUGGCUCAUGGCUCUCGCAUACGGUUGCACUACACCAGGCGGCAUGGCAAUCGGCAUAGCAACUCACACCCUGUACUCUCCCGACUCUGAAGUUGGUCUUCUCGUCGUCGGCAUCAUGAAUGCUAUUUCCGCGGGUUUCCUCGUCUACGCAAGUCUUGUGGAACUCAUGUCGGAGGAUUUCUUGAGCGAUGAGAGUUGGAAGGUGCUCAGGGGAAAGCGCAGGGUGUAUGCGUGUUUGCUUGUGUUCUUGGGAGCCUUCCUCAUGAGUUUGGUGGGGGCUUGGGCGUAG